AGAGUGGAUCCUUAUUCUGAAAAGAACAAAGGUCCUUGCCAAGAACAAAUGAGAGACGAUUUUGCAGCAACAGCAUAUGAGAAGUCAGGUAAAGUGGCUUGGCUUGUUUUGGUUCCUCAAACUAUCUAGAAACACACAACUUCACGAAUUACAAAUACAUGCAAUCACCUAAAUUCAAAACACACCGAAAGACAACAAAAUUCAAACAUAAACACGUGAAACUGAA